AUGGCGCGCACGGAGGACAAGGCCUCGGCCGUCGUCGCUCGGGGGGCGCCAGUGGCCGGGAAGAAGGGCGUCAUGCUCAUGAACCGCAUUGCCCCGGCCAUCUCACAGCUCUACGUCUCCAAUGCGGACGGGUCCAAUGCCCGGCUGCUCCUGGGCAACGAGAGCACCUUCGACUACCACGCGCAGUGGUCCCCAGACGGCCAGUGGAUCGUCUUCACCAGUGAGCGGGCCGGGGAUGGUCAGUCAGAUCUCUACCGGGUCCGCCCGGAUGGCACCGACUUGCAGCCCAUCUCGACCACCCCGGCCGUGGAGGAUGCGGGUGCCAUCUCGCCCAAUGGCAGUCUCGUGGCCUUUGCGGGCACCCUCAACAACUACAAGAGCAACAUCUGGAUCAAGAACCUCGAGACCGGGUCCCUGUGGAACGUGACCAACUCGACCGAGGUGGCGGGCGACUACACCCUGCCCGAUGGUCACUUCCGGCCGGCCUGGUCCCCCGAUGGCGAGUGGGUGGUCUUCACGUCCGACCGGAACACCCCCUGGCGCGGACACAACAACAUCAGUGGCUGGGAGCACGUCCAGGAGCUGUCCAUCUACGCCAUCCGCCCCGAUGGUCGGGACUUCCACCGCGUCGCCAACCGCACGGGCUACUGUCUGGGCUCGCCCAAGUUCUCGCCCGACGGCCGCCGCAUCGUCUUCUAUGAGAUCCCCACCGAGCUGACCUACUAUGCGCGCGUGGCCGAGCCGGCCUUCUACGAGGUCAGCACGGCCAUCGUGUCCGUGGACUUUGCCACGGGUACCGACCGCAUGGAGCAUGCGUCGGGCGACGCCGGUGGCAUCAAGCUAUUCCCCCAGUACAUCGACAACAGCACCGUCGGCUACCUGGUCAAGAGCCUGCUCACCAAUGCCACCUACCCGGGAUCCAUCAACUACACGGCCGCGCAGGUCCAGGGCACAGUGAGUCCCCCGUACCGCAACGCCUCGCUGGUGGGCUACCAUCGCUCCCCGGCCUGGUCGCCCGACGGCACCCAGAUGGUGUACGAGCACGUCGAGUGGGACCCGGUGCGGGAGGUCGGCAAGAAGCUGUACAGCUGGGACGAUGAUUGGGAGUACCGCUUCAGCGACGUGUUCCCGCAGAUGUCGCAUCAGGGCAAGAUCGCGUACACGUCCCAGCAGACCCAGAACUCCUCCCUGGUGACCAUGAACGCGGACGGCACGGGGGCGGGCGACAUCUUCGAUGGCUCGCGGUUCCCCGCGCGCGUCAACUCCUCCAACACCAACGGCACCUUCCAGGCCUCGUGGCGCGGGGACGGCGAGGUGCUGGCCGUCGGGCUGGGCGACUGGUUCGAGUACCGCUACAGCAACCCCGGAUGGGUGUAUCUGGUGGCGGCCAACGGGUCCUGGGCCCGCCCGCUCACCAACGGCAGCACCAACGCGGGCUUCCCGACCAUCUCGCCCGAUGGCCGGUGGGUGGUCUGGCGGGAAUUCGCGUACACGGCCAGCGAGGAGGUAGCGCCGUUGGGGCUGCGCCGGAUGGACCUGACGACCGGCGAGGUGGUGGUGCUGAGCCGGGAAUGGGAUAAUACGCCCAUGUUUGCGCCGGAUGGGUCGAACCGGAUUGUCUUCACGCGGCGGACCAGCUGGCCCAUUGCCGGACCCUUGGAUGACAACUACGACGUCAUGACCAUGGCGGUGGAUGGCAGUGACGUGAAGCAGCUGACGACGUUGCCGUGCAAUGAUGCCCACGCGGUGUGGACGCACGAGGGCAAGAUCGGCUGGGCGACGGGCAUGUUUGGCUUCCAGGAUGAGGCGGCGAUCUAUGAUAAUAACCAGCAACCGUACCCGAUGCUGAUGCAGAUGGAGGCGGAUGGGUCGAAUAUGACGGUGCUGACCCAGAGUCGGUGGGAGGAUACGAUGCCGCUGUAUAUUCCGAAUGAUCUGUUGGCAUGA